AUGGCGGCCAGAUUCCGGCCCAGCGCCCCCAACUCCAGUGCUGCCGGCAACGGGGCGGCGGCCCAGGGGCAGUGGGGCCGCGCCUGGGAGGUGGACUGGUUCUCGCUGGCCAGCGUCCUGUUCCUGCUGCUGUUCGCGCCCUUCAUCGUGUACUUCUUCAUCAUGGCGUGCGACCAGUACGCCUGCUCGCUCUCCGCGCCCGUGUGGGACCUGGCCGCCGGCCACGUGCGCCUCUCCGACAUCUGGGCCAAGACGCCGGGCCUGACCGGGGAGGCCGCGCAGAUCUAUGCCCUGUGGGUCUCCUUCCAGGUGCUCCUGUACGUGGCGCUGCCUGACCUGUGCCACAAGGUCCUGCCCGGCUACGUGGGCGGCGUCCAGGAGGGCGCCGUGACUCCCGCAGGGACCAUCAACAAGUACGAGAUCAAUGGCCUGCAGGCCUGGAUCAUCACCCACCUGCUCUGGCUCGCCAACGCCUGCUAUCUGUCCUGGUUCCCGCCCACCAUCAUCUUCGACAACUGGAUCCCGCUGCUGUGGUGUGCCAACAUCCUGGGCUACGCCGUGUCCACCUUCGCCAUGGUCAAGGGCUACCUGUUCCCCACCAACGCCCGCGACUGCAAGUUCACGGGCAACUUCUUCUACAACUACAUGAUGGGCAUCGAGUUCAACCCCCGCGUCGGGAGGUGGUUCGACUUCAAGCUCUUCUUCAACGGGCGCCCGGGCAUCGUGGCCUGGACCCUCAUCAACCUGUCCUUCGCCGCCAAGCAGCGGGAGCUGCACGGCCACGUGACCAACUCCAUGAUCCUGGUCAACGUGCUGCAGGCCGUCUACGUGCUGGACUUCUUCUGGAACGAGGCCUGGUACCUGAAGACCAUCGACAUCUGCCACGAGCACUUCGGCUGGUACCUGGGCUGGGGCGACUGCGUGUGGCUGCCCUACCUGUACACGCUGCAGGGCCUGUACCUGGUGCACCACCCGGUGCAGCUGGCGGCCCCGCACGCGGCGGGCGUGCUGCUGCUGGGCCUGCUGGGCUACUACGUGUUCCGCGUGGCCAACCACCAGAAGGACCUGUUCCGCCGCACCGACGGCCGCUGCCGCAUCUGGGGCCGCAAGCCCCGCGCCAUCGCCUGCGUGUACACCUCGGCCGACGGGCAGCGGCACCACAGCAAGCUGCUGGCCUCCGGCUUCUGGGGCCUGGCCCGCCACUUCAACUACACGGGCGACCUGCUGGGCAGCCUGGCCUACUGCCUGGCCUGCGGCGGCGGCCACCUGCUGCCCUACUUCUACGCCGUCUACAUGGCCGUGCUGCUCACCCACCGCUGCCUGCGGGACGAGCACCGCUGCGCCAGCAAGUACGGCGGGGACUGGGCGCGCUACACGGCCGCGGUGCCCUACCGCCUGCUGCCCGGCGUCUUCUAG